UUUUGCUGCACGUUCAUUUCCGCUACAGUCUGCGCGAACUAACAUGCCGGUUUUUCACGUUAUCUUCGCCUGGACUUGCCAGAUGCUUUUAUUUCUCCUAUUUCUACUUUUCGUCGCUUUUCUCGCGUAUUGCUUGUACAUUAAACACAUUCAUAUGAAAUACGAUCACAUUCCUGGCCCACCGAGAGACAGUUUUUUCCUGGGACAGACGGCAACCGUUUUGAAUUACAGGAAAGGCGGCAGAAAUAUACACGACUUACUUCUGAAAUGGGCAGAGAGUUACGGGCCCGUAUACAGGGUGAAUGGUCUACAUUAUGUGACAUUGUGUGUGACCUGCCCAGAAGCCACUAAGGAGAUCCUGAUGUCCCCAAACUACCCAAAAAAUAAAUUUAUCUACAAGAGGCUCUUUAGCAUGUUUGGUCAAAGGUUCCUAGGUAAUGGCCUGGUUACAGUGUGGAACCACGAACAGUGGUACAAACAGCGCCGGAUCAUAGAUCCUGCCUUCAGCAGUCUGUACCUCCGAGGUCAAAUGGACGCCUUAAAUGAGAACGCAGAGAAAUUAAUGGCUAAACUUUCUGACUUAGCUGAGAGCAAAACGAAUGCAAACAUGCUUCAACUGGUAAACGCCAUUACUCUCGAUGUUAUUGCCAAGGUUGCUUUUGGUGUGGAUUUGGACCUGCUGAAGAACAGUUCGCCUCUCCCUAAAGCCAUCGAGCUGUGUCUGCUUGGGAGUAUCUACAAUACCCAAGACGUGUUUUUUGAGUUCAAGCCAAAGAACUGGCCGAUCGUUAAAGAAGUGAGGGAGGCGUGUCGACUGCUACGUGCAACAGGAUCCAAGUGGAUCAGUGAAAGACGAGCCGCCAUCCAAAAUGGGGAGGACGUCCCCAAAGACAUCCUCACACAGAUCAUCAAAACAGCAGACAAAGAGGAAACAAUGACUGAAGAGGAUGAAGAGUUCAUGUUGGACAAUUUUGUCACAUUCUUCAUUGCUGGCCAAGAAACAACAGCUAAUCAAAUAGCGUUUUGCAUCAUGGAACUGGCAAGACAUCCUGACAUCCUGGAGAAAGUGAGAAAAGAGGUGGACGAUGUCAUUGGAAUGACACGUGACUUAAGUUAUGAAGAUCUAGGCAACCUGGUCUACCUCACACAGGUUCUAAAAGAGACUCUGAGACUUUACCCGACGGCUACGUUUACAUCACGUGAAAUACCACGCGAUAUCAUCAUUGACGGAGUCCACAUACCUGCAGGAGUUGCCUGUGUUUUUAGCUCUUAUGUGCCUGGGAGAAUGGAGAAAUUCUUCAAGGACCCACUGAAGUUUGAUCCAGACAGGUUUCACUCAGACGCUCCAAAGCCGUACUACUGCUACUACCCCUUUGCACUUGGUCCACGCUCAUGUGUGGGGCAGAACUUUGCUCAGAUGGAAGCUAAAGUGGUGAUGGCCAAGCUGCUGCAGAGGUUUGACUUCACCCUGAUCCCAGGACAGACAUUUGACAUCCUGGACACCGGCACUCUCAGACCCAAGAGUGGAGUGGUCUGCUCUGUAAAACACAGAAAAUAAAUGGUCAUGCAGCAUCGUCAGCCGUGACAUUAAAGAAGAAGAAACAUCAGCAAUGGCACUUUUCUUUGUUGACAACUUUUAUUCCUGUUGAUAGAUUUUCUGUGAUUUUCAAAUAAGUUGAUGGUGCUGUUCUUUGUUGACAACUUUUAUUCCUUUUUCAGAUUUUCUGUCAUUUUAAAAUAAGUUGUUGCUUAAAAAAAGACAUCAAAAAUGUUUUUUUUUUCCCCAUCUUUCUAUGCAUUGUGGUAAUUAGCAUGUGGGGGUGCCAUAAGUGUAUUUUCUUCCUACCAUUCAAAUUAUUUGGUAAAAAUAAUAAUAGUAUUAUUUGUAUUGUAUCUGCAAAAAUGCCACAAAAUGUUUAAUCCCACCAAGACAAUAAGAAUAAAGCACAUACUAUAAUGAA